CGCGCGAUCGCAUCGUUCCUGGAGGUGUGCUACCUCGUGCGGCGCUCAGUUAUCUGCGAGGAUGACAUUGAAGAGAUCGAACGCGCACUGGAACGAUUCCGUCAUCACCGACAAAUCUUCCAGGAUUGUGGGGUUCGUCCGACCGGUUUCUCGCUUCCCCGGAUGCACGCACUCGACCACUACGUUCGCCACAUCCGACAGUUCGGUGCUCCGAACGGCCUAUGCACUUCAAUCACUGAAUCAAAGCACAUCAAGGCCGUCAAGGAGCCCUGGCGCCGGAGCAGCCGCUACAAGGCUCUCGGGCAGAUGCUGCUCACGAACCAACGCUUAGACAAGCUCAUUGCGGCGCGUUCAGACUUUGCUCGCCGUGGCAUGCUUGUGGGAACCUGCCUUUCCCAGGCUUUGCUAGAACUCGACGCAGCAGACGACGCCGGCGAUGGUCCUGCCAACCCUUUGGCUGCAGAUCCGCCUGUAGAUGACGAAGACGCGGUGCACCCGAACCCUCAGGACAAUGAUGUCAAUGACGAAGAUGGGGAACCCGUGGAUGAGCCAAGAGUUGAUGCGUAUGUCGACCUCGCUCGCCAGCCAGGUGUGUAUAAUGCUUUGAUCUUCGAUGCUUGGGAUAGGUAUGCUGACGAAGAUUGA